UUCUUUUCUUCUCCAUCUCAACUCUCUCUCUCUCUCCCCCCUCCCCCCUCUCUCUCUCUCUAGAUCUCUCUCAAUUCUCUCAAAAAAUUGAAAAACAUGAGUACCCUAAGCACAAUUUUCAUGCUGACCGUGGUCUUGGCUUUGGCUGCUAUAAACUCAGCAACAUCAGAUGAAGAGGAGGAGACCUUCUUUGAAGACCCAGAUAACAGCAGUAGUGUUAAAGCUGAAAAUACUGAGCCUGCAGAGAGUAAGAAACCGGUGUCGCUUCGGGGGGCUAGCCGGUUUCUGGAGCAGCGAGCCAGGCUGACAUGCGACAAGUAUCCUAAAGCAUGCGAGUCCAAGGGAAGCAGCACUCGAGAUAACCUCUGCUGCAACAAGAAGUGUGUGAAUGUGAAGGUGGACAAGCUUAACUGUGGGGCGUGUGGGAAGAGGUGCAAGUUCUCUGAGAUUUGCUGCAAUGGGCGGUGCGUCAACCCGUCUGCCAACAAGAACCAUUGCGGGGGCUGCGGGAAUAGCUGCCAGGAAGGGGAUUUUUGUGCGUUUGGGAUGUGCAGCUACAGCUACGCGUAGAGACUCAAAGAAAGCCGAGCUAUGCUUGGACAAAUUUUGUAUUUGCGGAAUCUGUAACUGUGUAGAGAAGAAGCCAUCACCAUUUGAUGGGCUCGCCCCAUCCAUGUAUUUUUCAUUUUUUUAUGGAUUCUUUGAUACUCUUUGAUCAUGUAAAUAUAAACUCCCUUUUGUUCUCACAACAAUCAACAAAACAUAUCUUUUGUCCAACAUAGUAUUA